UUUUCAUCAUGCGAGGUAGAAAGAUUGAUGAAAGUUUGUUGAUCAAUCGUUUGAUUGAAAAAGUCGACACAGGUCAAGGUCUUCUGUUUGGUUAUGAGGAAGAGAAAACGUUUUUACAAAAUGUUAUUAAAACAACAAUUGAAUCUGGUGAAUCGGAAAGUGUCAUCAUAUUUGGACCUUCUGGAUCGGGUAAAUCGUGUCUACUUGAGGCCACUUUGAGUAAAUUAAAUAUCGGUGAAUCAACUCGGCGAUCUUAUAUCAUUAGAUUGGAUGGAUUGAUUCAUACAACUGAUGCAUUGGCUUUAUCCGUGAUUGGCAAAGUAUUGGAAAUUGAAUUAACUAAUUCUUCUCAAAUUGGCCUUGCCUUGCAGGAUAAAAUCUCAUCGGUGACAAGAAAGAAAACUUUCAUUUUCAUUUUAAAUCACAUUGAUGUCUUUUGCCGUCGACAACAAACCUUAUUGUACACUUUGUUUGAUGCUAUUCACAAUGUUAAUGGUCUAUGUUUGGUUGGUUUAACCGCUAAAACUGAUUGUACUGAUUAUCUUGAAAAGCGAGUUCGAUCUCGAAUUCUGUAUAAGACCAUUGUCCUUACCACACCUUUUAAAUCAUAUAAGGAUUAUUAUGAUUAUGUAAAUAAUUAUCUUGAAGGUGCCAUUGAAGCUGAUCUGUUGAAAUCUCUUGUUAGUUGGCAAUACAAAAAGUCUGCGACUCCAGGAAGUAUGAAGAAAUUUCUUCUCGAUUUGUUAUACAAUUAUGAGAAUUUAAAAAUUCACAAGAAUCAACUUACCAAAGAUCAUAAAAUUGACAGAUUAGAAUCAAUAACUUACCUGGAAUUGGCUAUCAUCUGUUUGGUGGCCAAAAGAUUAAAUCAAACAAAGAAACAAACAUUUCGACCCAUUGAGAUUCAUCAGCUUUUAGGUGAUAUUCCAAGUCAAAUAACAAGUUCAAAGGAUUUAUUUCUUCAUGUUCUUAGUCGACUAAUUGAUUAUGGAUUAGUGAACAUUAACAACAAUCAAAGAUCUAAUUCUUACAUUUCUGAUUGGUCUUCAUUGUCUCUUAAUGUUGAAAUGGAGCAAAUUAAAACUGUAAUAAGAUUGAGACAAGCUGAACUUCCGACAAAUUUUAACAAAGUAUUGGAUACAAAUGCUUGACAAAUGAUUUAACUUCAAUUCACUGAUUUUAUCGAUUUCUUAAUGAAAUUUAUAUAUAAACGUGUUGAGUUAUUUUUUCAUGUAAACACAAAAUAAAGGAAACAUUUUUUUACUCAAUUAAA